AAUUAAGAUUUACCUCAACUCAAAAUCACUCGGCUAAUGCUAGAGUAGAAAGAACAAUUCGAACAAUUAUAACAGAUACUAGAACAUUGCUGUUACAAGCUAAAUUACCACUUAAAUUUUGGCACUACGCAGCUAAGGCAUCUGCUGAGGUGAGAAACUGUACAUAUAAUAAGAAUACUAAAGAUGCACCAUUAAAUGUAAUAUCCGAAUUACCUGUUAAGAUAAUAUUACGUAAUUUUUUACCUUUUGGAGCUCCAGCUACGAUAUGGAAUCAUAAAUCUAAGAAAACAUCUGCACCAAGCUUACAAGCAGUGGUUUUGUCAAAAGAUCCACAGAGUUUUGGAUAUUUCUUUUAUAUACCUAAGGAAAAUAGAGUAAUUACCACUACAAACUUUAAAAUCCCUGAUUAUUCAGUAAAUUCGCAACAGAAGAGUAAUCCAGAAGAAACCAUUAUUGCACGAUUUAAAGCUAAUGUUACAUCUAAAAUAGGUUCUACUAGAAAUUUUGAAUUUGAUGAAGAUGAGAUUAAUGAAGUAUUUCCUGAUGAAGAGUAUGAAAAUGAUACUGAAGGUAUAAAUAAUAUUAUGGUAGAUGAUAAGAUAGUAUCACAACAGUUGUUAAAUGACCGUAAUGAAAUUGGUGAAGAAGAAAUAAUGGAUAUUGAAAGUGAUUUUAGUCCUUCUAAUAUAGAUCCUGACCUUAUUGAUAAUGUUAAUUUAGAUGAAAUUUUAGAACAACCUAAUGUAAUUGAACUUAUGAACAAUGAGAAUACACCAAUUAACGGUGAAGAUGAAAUUAAGAAUACAGACACUAAUAAUGAGAAUAUUGAUAAUGAUAUCAACAGUAACAAUGAUAAUGAUAGCAACAGUAAUAAUGAUAAUAAGGGCAAAUAUUCAAUGUUAAUAGAUGACAAUGAUUAUAAAAAUUGCAAUACUUCAAAUGAUGCGAUGAAUAACAUAUUACCAUCUAAUGAAGACUCUAACUCAGUAACUGAUGAACAGAACAGUUCCAAUAUCACAAAAUACAGAUAUCGUAAUACAGAGUAA